CAACCGAAGAUAUAAAUAUCCUUUUUUACCUUAUUUUCCAAAUAACAAGCGAAGAAAAUUUCUCGUUGAAGCGAGGGAGAGACCGGCAGGUGCUUCCCCUCUGUCCGCGCGAGAGUGCCAGGGAGCGAGCGAGAGGGAAAGCCAUAUAUGCACGCAUAACCUAACAAAAUGAAUGGGGAAGAGUUCUUGAUCGGUAGUUAUUUUAUUGGGCUCUUCAAAUCUCCCCUAUUUGGACUUCCUUUUCCAUCGUCCUGUCUCCUCCCUUCUCCUCGGUAGAUCUCUCCUCCCUCCGGUUCCAUUGCGGAUAUUGUCAUCGGGCGAUCCCUCCGCGGGCUCCGCGGCGUUGGAGUCCGAGGUAAUUGUUCAACUGUUUGAUGAAAUUGUAUUCGUUUGCUCUCCUCCAAGAAAAUUAGUUAUGUGACGCAUAGACAGCUUUGGCACAUGUUUUGCAGUUGGAUCAUGUCUGGCUGACGAUUCCUAUGCACUCUGUAUACUAUGCCCUGUGCGUGAUGCUUUCACAUGCAAAUCCAAUGGCCGUGUCUGAUGAUGAAGAAGGAAUCUUUAUAGGUUAGACUGCUCUAAUGAGAAGAAGAAGAAGAACACGAUGAAGGUACCACAGGCAUGGCAGCUAGGCAAUGGGAACACACACAUUAUACCAGGACCAAGCAGCAGACCAACCGCAAGGUCACCUAGAUGGAUAAUCAUUUUGAUAUGCUUGGUAUGUGUCUCCUUGAUUGGGGUGUAUGCAUAUCCACCUCGGCGGUUUUCAGCUUGCUACUUCUUUUCUUCAAGUGUUUGCAGCCCACAUAACGAUUGGCUGCCUCCUAUAGCACGGGAACUUACCGAUGAUGAGAUUGCUUCUCGUGUUGUCAUUAAAGACAUUCUUUCCAUGCCAUUAAUUCAACCAGAGAAUCCCAAAAUUGCUUUCAUGUUCUUGACUCGAGGUUCACUGCCAUUCGAAAAACUCUGGGAGACAUUCUUUCUGGGCCAUGAAGGGAGAUAUUCCAUCUAUGUACAUGCAUCACAAGAGAAGCCAGUGCAUGUGAGUCCUUUAUUUGUUGGCCGAGGCAUUCGGAGCACCAAGGUUAUAUGGGGUAAAAUUUCUAUGGUUGAGGCAGAAAAGAGGCUCCUGGCAAAUGCACUCCAUAACCCUGAUAAUCAACAAUUUAUUUUGCUCUCUGACAGUUGUGUUCCUCUUCAUAAUUUUGAUUAUGUUUACAACUAUUUAUUGGGAACAAAUGUCAGCUUCAUUGACAGCUUUUGGGAUCCUGGUCCACAUGGUAAUGCCAGAUAUACAGAGCAUAUGUCGCCUGAGAUUGAAGAGAAGGACUUCAGGAAGGGUGCACAGUGGUUCACAAUGAAGCGAAAGCAUGCUUUAAUAGUUAUGGCAGACAACCUUUAUUUUACAAAGUUCAGGCUUUAUUGCAAGCCAGGUUUUGAUGGACGUAAUUGUUAUGCUGAUGAACACUAUCUGCCGACUCUGUUCAAUAUGAUUGAUCCCACUGGCAUUGCAAACUGGUCGGUGACACACGUGGAUUGGUCCGAAGGAAAGUGGCAUCCAAAAGCAUAUCAGGCUAAGGAAGUGACAUAUGAACUCCUGAAGAACAUAACUUCUAUUGAUGAGAAUUAUCAUGUCACAAGUGAUGAUAAGAAAGUCAAGACGGUGUCGCCUUGUUUGUGGAACGGAAUGAAGAGGCCGUGUUAUUUGUUUGCCAGGAAAUUUUUGCCUGAAACCCUUGACAAUUUGAUGCAGCUGUUCUCCAUCUACAGAGUCAUUUAAGUUAUCUUCCCCAUUCCAUUAUUUUGCGAUGUCUGCACCAGACCUUCCCAUGCUUGUGAGAAGUCAUUUAUGCUGUAAGAAUGGUCGUAAAUUUGUGAAAUUCCAUUUCUUUCAGUACCAAUCUGGGCCUGUAAAUGGUGUGGAAUAAUUGUUGAGGCCAAUGGAGGAGUCUUUUGAGUA